AUAGAGAAAAAAAGAGAGAGAGAAAGAGAGAGAGAGAGAGAGAGAGAGAGAGAGUGAGGGCAGUCCAAUUCGCAAAUCGCAAGUUGGUCCAAGUCAGUCCACCAAACAAAACAUGGACGCCGUAGAAAUAAAUACGUUGGGUCCGCCGCAGAGUGAGGACGCGAUCGCGUCCGCGGUGAAAAUAUGCCGCGUGUGUCUGCUCGACAACCUGAUGAUGCGCGACCUCUUCCUCGAGAGCGAGGUCGCGUCUCUCUCAAUGAAAGCGAUGAGCUUCACCAACGUUAAGAUGUUGCCAGGCGAUGGAUUACCGGCACAAGUGUGCUGUGUUUGCGCUGAUAAACUAGAGUCGGCAUAUGAAUUUAAGUUACAAGUGGAGCAGGCUGACAGUGUCCUCAGAAAUAGGUUUGUUGGAGGUAUAAUAAAGGAGGAAUUAUUUCUUAACGAGGUCGAGAUACACUUAGAUGAUGAAAGGAAUGACGAUAUAGCGGAAAUGAAUGUCAAUACCGAUUAUGAAUCUACUGUCACAGUUCUACCAGAAGAAACAGAUGCUGAUAAGAAUUUUUUGAAAGAACAAUUAAUGAUCUUAGAAAAUGAAAAAUUGACAAAUGUAGAAGAAAUGCAACAAGAUCCAGAACAGGAUAAUUUACAGAAGAUUACACAACAAAUUAGUCAAAAUGUUGAAGAAGAAUCGCAGCAAGAAUUAGUUGAUACAGAAGAUAAUGAUAUGUCAAGUGAUAUCAAAGAAUCUAAGAAUCAAAAAUUUCAUAUGAAUGAAAAUAUCACUUCGAAUUAUAUAGAAGCAAUUCCAACAGAAGAACAUGAUUAUAUUAUGCAGCAACAAUGUAUGUUGCCCACUGAACAUUUUCCUUUGCAGGAAAGGAUACAGGCGGAAGCACAAGUUGAACAAAGUAUAGUGGAAUGCCAAACAUUAUCUGAAUUAGAUCAAGAGAAUCAAGUUGAAAAAAUUCAAGAAAAUCAUGCUGAACAAAUUCAAGAGAAUCGAAUUGAACAAAUUCAAGAGAAUCGAGUUGAACAGAUUCAAGAAAAUCAAGCGGAGCAAAUUCAAGAGACACAAACAGAGCAAAUUCAAGAAAAUCAAUCUGAGCAAAAUCAAAGUGAUAAAAAGAAAUCUUUUAACGAAGAAAUGUCUACGACUGACAACGAGCCGACGAUGGGACAAGAUUCAUCUCAAAACGAAACUAGAAGAAGUAAACGUAGAUUAGCUCGUCGGACAUUCGCCGAACGAGAUUCCGACGAAGAGAACUAUUUCGAAAAUUUAAAUCUCAGUUCUCGAUUAAAAAAAGCACAGGCAGAUAAGGCAGAGAAGAUUUUUUUUAUGUGUUAUUUGUGUGACAAACAAUUCCUGUCAAAGAGUGUUCUGAAGGAGCACAUGCAUUCUCAUGAAGAAGUGAGGAAAGCGCUUUCUCUAAAGAAAACGCCGGAGAAGCCGCAAAAGAUACAGACCAACAUUUCCAUCACGAAGACUCCACCAUCUGGAAAAAAAGCCAACAAGUGCCCUUAUUGUGGUAAAGAGUAUCUGUACAUAAUCUCAUUUACUAAGCACAUUAAACAGCACGAGCGGGAGCGAGAGGAGGCGAAAGAAGACCCUAUGCCGCUCGAAAUUUCGUUCCACGAAGAUGAGCAUAGUCUAGACUUUGAUGGUAACAAUUCGGACAGAGAAUAUAGAAAAAGAACGAGGAGAGAAAGUACAGCUGACAGAAACGACGACGCCACAAUGAGUGACCACGAUCAGGAUAAAAAAAGAAAGCAGAAUCGCGUCGAAGAAUUCGCAUGCGACAAAUGUCCGGAGAAAUUCGAUACGAAACGAAGCUUACAAAAGCACUCUCUCACGCAUGUGAGCUUUAAGUGCAACGUCUGUCACGAUGAGUACAACACUCUGGUACAAUUAAGGAAUCAUCGAACGAAACAUGUAGUCGAAGGUGUACUCACAGAGCAGGAUUUAGAAGAAGACAUGAAGCAGAUGAUGGCCAAGAAUGUCGGCAACUACGAUGACGAAGAAAAUAAAAAUGAAGAGGAGGAAGAGGAAUAUAAUGACGGCGAAUCCGCCGAACAUGCGAAGGAGUCACUCAAGUGUCAGAAGUGUCCAAUGACAUUCUCGCGCAAGAAAUUGCUGUCCAGACAUAUGGAGACGGCUCAUUCUGGCAGUUACGAUUAUGGCAAGUGUCGUCAACAGUUCACGCGGAAAGAUCUGCGCAGACAUGCUGAACAACACGCGCGAAUAAAGACCUACAAGUGCACUCAGUGCAACAAAACUUUCGGUAACGAACUCACUCUGAGAAAUCAUCUAGUCGCCACGAAUCACAAGACGUUUAUACAUGGACAAGAAUACGAUCCGAACAAGCGAAUAAAGCGCGUAGCCGCGAAAGCAGCGCAGAAAAUCAUUGACAAGAUCAAAACGGAGGAUGGUUUGGAGGAUUACGACGACGAUAAUGACAAUGUCGAUUAUGACGCCAAAUUGGACGGGCAUUAUUACCGCCGUAAGCGCGACGCUACACCAAAGAAUUAUAAGAAGGAAUUAGAGUGCGCGACGUGUAAUAAGAGAUACAGUUCGAAGCAAGCAUUGACGAAGCACAUGGAACAACAUGUGAAAGACGAAAAAGCGGCGGAAAAAUUGAAAAAGGCCGUUUCAGAUAAGAAGGAGAUGCAGAAAACGAAUAAUGCGACAGGCGAUGAUGAUGACGACGACUCGGACUUCGAGAGCGGUCUCGAUUGGCCGAUGGACAGUCACGAAUGUAGUACGUGCAAGAAACGCUACAGCACAAAAAAGUCGCUACUGCGGCACCAGCUGCUGCACGAGGAACCUAACUUUGAGUGCGAUAUUUGCAACGUCAAGUUCUAUCGUAAGGACAAGUUAAAGGCGCACUAUGACAAGUGCUCUGAGAAGAAUCCCGAUCAGGUGAGGAAGUGCAAUAUAUGUGGCGACAAUUUCGAGAACAAUGAGAUCCUGCGGGAACAUCGGGCCAAACACGUCACUGAGGGUAUCUUAACAGAAGAAGAUUUGAGGGACAUUGAGCCGAAACCUGAGGAGAAGAAACCAGGCGAGAAGAUCGGCCGGAAGAGGAGAACUGAUAUCGUUGGCCUCGAAUGUACCGAGUGCAACAAACAGUACACUUCCAGGAAGGGUCUUUUACGGCACAUUCAAGUACACGAGGGUAAGAAAUACUUGUGCGACAUAUGUCCGAAAAAAUUCUAUCGACGAGAACAUCUCAAGAUCCAUGUGGCCAAACACAAUAUGAUAAAACCAUAUAAAUGCACUCGCUGCACCAAGCGCUUCAUCAAGGAGGAGCAGCUCAACAAUCAUCUGUCCAAGCACGAUCGUACUUUCAAGAAGAACAAGGAAACCGACAGCUCGAAGAGAUUCCUCUGUGAGAUCUGCAGCAAGAGCUUCACACAAUCGACGACACUGAUAGCUCAUUUGCGCGCGCACAAUGGCAUCAAACCGUAUGUAUGCCAGGUCUGUUCCAGGCCGUUCACCACCAACGCCUAUCUGAAAAUGCAUAUGCGCACUCACACGCAAGAACGGCCAUAUAUCUGUCAAUACUGCUCGCGAGCGUUCGCGCGGGCUGACACCUUGGCGAAUCAUCUAACGUCUCACACCGGCGAGGCCAAGUAUCACUGCAAAUGCUGUCCGAAGAACUUCCGGCGGUUGAAGUCACUGAAGGAGCACAUGUUUAUUCACACGGGGCAGCGACCUUACGAGUGUCCGACUUGCGACCGCAAGUUUAACAACAACGGCAGCCGCUACGCGCACAGCAAGCGCUGUAAACAGAACCUCUUGCAGAAUCAGAACCGCGCGCAGCAGAUGAUGCAGCAGCAGGUGCAAGCACAGCCGCAGCAACAGCAACAGCAACAACAACCUCAAGUGCAGAUACAAGUACAACAGCAGUCACAAGUCAGGAUGCAUCAAACUACACUCGGCCAGGCGCAGAUUGUCAAAGCGCAGAACAUCAAGACGAUCGCUAUAGCGAGGCAGGCGGAACCGACCACGGUGGCCACGACGCAGCAAGUGAUGCAACAGGAAAUACUGAUGCCGCUCAUUUUGCCGCUUACUGUCACUCUCGCCGACGUAGGGGAAGAGGUGAUAUUACCUGAGGGUACAAAGAUAUUCACCACUUCUUAAUCAUUUAUCCUCGAUUAAGAUAUAAAAAAGAGAGACAUACUUCUUGUAGGAAGAUACAUUUUCAAAUGAACGAGCUGAAAUGUACAAGUUUUGUUCUUCUAUGGCUCUCUCCGUGAUUUUCCCGUUUUCAUUCCCACAAUUUUUUCGAUUUCCAAGGGAAAACCGGAAGUGAUGCUAUACGAUGUGAUAUCGAAUCGAUAUUGCAUGGAUAUCGCGCAUUAUCACGAGAAUUUGCUUGCAUUGAAUAACGAGCGUGAUAUUUCGCAUUAGAUGUACUGUUAAUACUGAUAAUUAUGAAUCUGCGAAUUUCCAAGAGAGGAAGAGAGAGAGAGAGAAUUAAAUAAUUUUUCUCGAUUAUGUAUGAAACGUUAUAUCGAAAUUUAUUUUUGCAACGGGUGAAGGCGUUAAUAAAGCAUAUAUAUAUAUAUAUAUAUAUAUAUAUAUAUAUAUAUAUAUAUAUAUAUAUUACACAUAUAUAUAAUUUAUCUAGAAGUUCCAAGAGAUGUGUACCUUUUCAUAUAAUAACGCACAUAUUAUAUCAGAAAUGAAUAGAGUAAACGUAUUUGACAAAUCAUUACGGGAAAGUAGGAGAAGGCAGACAUCUUUGUCAUAAAUGUAUAUGUAAUAUAGAUAGAUUUCCUUUUAAGAAUCACACAUGAUAGAGAUAAGAGAGUUAAUAAACUUUUAAAUACUUAAGGCUUAAUGUAAUAAAUGAUAAUAUCUAUACUUUUUUAGUUAAUUUGUUCUAGAUUUUUUUUUUUUUUAUAUAUAAAAAUAUCCAUAUUCACAAUGUUUUGUUUAUAAAAACAACAGAAGAAUAAGUUAUAAAUCUAAUAAUAUUUGGCAUUAUUUUAUUUAGAAAUUACAAAGCAAUUUUUUAAAUAUGAAUAAUGAAACACACACACAUAUGAUGUUACAUAAAAUAAUUUUUACAUAUAUCUCUAUUCUCUUUAAAAACUUCGUAAAACUUUUUUUUUUAAGUUGGCUUUGUUGUACUUGCUAUUUUUUCAUUAAUGCAAUCUCAUCAGGGUAUCGCAUGUAAUAUUAGUUCUUAUAUGAAGAGUAUCUUAAGCAAUUUUAUAACUCUUAUAUAAAACCAAAUUGUGCAUGAAAAAUUUUCAUCCUCAUAAAAUAUUUCUUAUAUAUCAAAUAAUUAGUGUCUUAUAAAUUUCAUAUAUUGAUGAAUUUAAUAAUAUUUUUCUGUUAUAAAAUAUAUGAUGUUUGAGUGUGUCUGUCGGAAGGCGUUCUUGCAAAAUUAUACAAAGAUUUUAGAAAUUGUAAAUUUGGCAAUAUAGAUAGCAAUGUGCUCUUAUAACAUGCUCUUACACGUAAUAAUAAUUCGUGCUGCGUAUCUGUAAAAUUAGUAUGAGACUAAACAAUAUUGCGUGUAUAAAUAUAUUAUAUGGACAUUGUUAUAAUACGUAUGUGACAUUAUUUCUCAUUUAGAUUUUGUUGCAUAAAUAAAGUAUUUGUUCUAAUCGUAUAUCAUGGUUUAUAAUAUCAGAGUUACUAAACAAUACUUAUUGUAUUAACUUUUAACUGUACAUAUAUAUCGGUUCGAGCUGAAGAAAUAAUUUGUAAUUUUACAAUGAUAACAUUAUAACCCAAAGAGUAAUAAAUUAUAAAACCUCGUUUAAAUAUGAUCUACUCUUUUAUAUCAAAUACGACGAUCAAUCGAGCAUAAUAAUGAAAGAAAAAGAUAUAUUUAGAAAUUUAUAUACUAUUUGUCUUCUUUCUGUGUCUCGUCAGAUAUGAGAAAGAUUGAAAUGGAUUUACUAUUUCUAUGCAAAAGUGAUAUAAUGAUAAUAACAGAACUUACAAAAUAAUACAAUUUCUAAGAAUAAUGCAAUGUUUUCAAGUGUAGUGCAUCUGCACACUUAUAAAAUUACAGUAUAAUUGAUAUAUAUUCAUUUCUCAUUUUAAGGUAUAAAAAAAGAUAUGUUGUGUGUGUGUGUGUGUGCGCGCGCGCGCGCGUGUAUUUUCUUCAUUCUUAGAAAUUGUAUUAUUCUGUAAGCUCUUAUAUAUAUAUAUAUAUAUAUAUAUAUAUAUAUAUAUAUAUAUACAUACAUUUUUCAUUGAAUUAUCGUCAAAUAAAAAUAUUACCUUAACAUUAUUAUAUUUAACCAUUGACAAAA